AAAGGGUGGCGACUGGAAGUUCAUAUCGGGUUAACGCUUCACACAGGUUGAGUUGGUUCUGUGUUUUUCUGGUCGUUGCCUGGUAAAGGCAUGUCACGCUGAAUCCUGUCGGGUCAUUUGUCAGUAAAACGGGCGGUUAACAGCAGCGCUGGUAAAGAUGCUACAGAUGGCUGCAUUGCAUCGACUGAAACAGUGCCACCCCACAGGCAUGGCCAUCUCUUAUCUUCACAUGAACAGCCAGACCUCUGCCAAGCAGCAUUACAAAAUGCUUGUGCUCGGAGGAGGAACUGGGGGCAUUGCAAUGAGUGCACGAAUGAAGAGGAAGCUGGGAGCUGAAAAUGUGGCUGUUGUGGAGCCCAGUGAGAUGCACUAUUAUCAGCCAAUAUGGACCCUGGUUGGUGCCGGGGCGAAAACUUUAGGCUCCUCGGGUCGUUCCACCGCGAGUGUUAUGCCAUCAGGUGUGAAGUGGGUGAAAUCUAAAGUUCAGGAAAUAAACCCAGACACGAAUACUGUCCGCACAGAUGAUGGGACUGAAAUCUCCUAUGAAUAUUUGAUUGUGGCCCUUGGUAUACAGCUCCAUUAUGAGAAGAUUAAAGGGCUGCCAGAGGGAUUUGAGCAUCCAAAGAUUGGGUCAAACUACUCAGUCCAAACUGUGGAGAAAACGUGGAAGGCACUGCAGAACUUCAAAGAGGGAAACGCUGUGUUCACUUUCCCAAAUACUCCUGUGAAAUGUGCCGGAGCUCCACAGAAGAUCAUGUACCUGUCUGAUGCCUUUCUCAGAAAGACAGGAAAAAGGUCAAAGGCCAAUGUGAUGUACAACACAUCGCUUCCUGUGCUCUUUGGGAUAAAGAAAUAUGCUGACACAUUGUGGGAAAUUGUGAAACAUCGCGACCUACAAGUGAACCUGAGACAAAACUUGAUUGAAGUGCGGGCAGACAAGCAAGAAGCUGUGUUUGAAAACCUUGACAAACCAGGCGAAACCAAAGUUGUCGAGUAUGAAAUGCUUCACGUCACACCACCAAUGGGGCCUAAUUUGGUGAUUAAAGGCAGUCCACUGGCUGAUGAGGCCGGCUGGUUGGAUGUCGACAAAGACAACCUCCAACACAAGAGGUAUCCAAAUGUGUUUGGAAUUGGAGACUGUACCAACCUGCCCACAGCCAAAACAGGUGCUGCUGUCGCUGCGCAGUCUGCUAUCUUGAACAGAACCAUCAACAAAGUGCUUAAAAACGAGAAGCCAGAUAAGGCGUAUGAUGGUUACACCUCAUGUCCGUUGGUCACAAGCUACAACACAGUAAUUCUGGCAGAGUUUGACUACAAUGGGCAACCACUGGAAACAUUUCCCAUCAACCAAGCCAAAGAAAGAAGACUAAUGUACCAUAUGAAAGCUGAUGUGAUGCCUCAUCUCUAUUGGCAUGGGCUUCUAAGGGGUCUGUGGGGUGGACCAGGACCAUACAGGAAACUCCUUCAUCUUGGGAUGAAAUAAAAUCUCAACACCAGUUUGCAAGUUAACAGUUACAUUCCCUAAACUUAUAAGGGGAACAAAGUAGUACAUUAAACCCAUCAUUCUCUAAAAGAUACAAAUGCUGGCUCUUAAUGGUCUAAACAUCAUGAUUAAUAACAACAAGCUAAUCAAAUUAAUAUCAAUAUCUAAAUAUCCACAUUGUUCACAUUACAAUGGAAUAAGUCACUCCUAGAGUAGAAAACUCAAACAUUUAACUGCAGGCUUAUGGUGCUUUUAGCAGCUUUAUAGGUCAGUCUUUGGAGUUUUUGGCAGCACACUGAAUGUAAGGUUUUUGCUGCUAUCAACAACCCCAUUAUCCAGUCAGCAAUGACAUUUUUAAAUAAAAGUCUGUAGAGGAUUGUUUGAUUUGUAAUCCUCCAGUGUAUGUCUGUAAGACAGUAGCUGAGUUAGCGAAGCCCUUCCGAAGUGAUUAUUAUGUUACCCACAUACAUCCCAUCCAAUAAACUGACUCAAAUUGAUCUUUCUUUUCAAAUUGUGACAAUAUGUAAACAAAAAGAAUGUUGAUGUUUGGGUACAACUACACGAUCAUUUGAUUUAGCAUGAUGUUGUACAGAGGUCAUACACCACAGCUGUGAUCAUUGUCUCUCAGUUAUGAAGAGCUGCGUGUUGAUAGUAGUCACUAAGUAUAGUACAAAUAUACUUUUAUGCAGAUUACUACAUGAGUACUUUGUUUAAUGUUAGAAGUCAGUUUUUAUGUGUGUAGGUUCUCGAUAUUUUAUUUUAGAUUUUAACAGUCUUGAGCCUGUUCUUCAACUAAAAUGCUAAAAGCAUCUGGUCUGUGAAAACAUAUUUCACAGUAUAAUAGUAUCAUUUGUGCUACCAAACAUGUUGUAUGAGUAGUCUUUGGGAAUGUUGAACCAUUAACGUGCAAACUACCACAAGUGCUUUUUUUGUUUUUUUUUCACAUUUAAACAUAAAUCAUAUUGAGUUGUAUAUGAUAUAGAUUUGUACAUGAUUUUUUUUAGCACUGAAUUAUAAACAUUUUGCUGGUUAUACAGUCA